AUGGCCGCUUUGGAUGUGGAGAGCAGCUGGACCGAGGCUCUGGCCAAUCACAAUGUGACAGCAAUCGUUAACUGGAUUCGAGCAGACUUUGCUGAAAGUAGUGCAGGUGUGGAUGGCAGUCUGGCAAAUUUUGGUGCCUGGAUUCAGGAAAUGGCUGAUGUCAACAAGAAAGAGUUAAUGACACUCUGCUUUGGCUGCUGCAGGGGCCUGUGGAUGUACCUGGACCAGCAGUCUUUCACCAGGAUCCACCUAGUUCUAAAGAGGCUGAGGAACCUGCUGUCAUUGGCCAGGUGGGGGAGGAGCCAAGUCAGCUCCACCCACUGCUGGCCAGUGAUGGAGGGGGAGCACUGGGACUGGGAGCGCCCGGCCCUGGAGCAGCACAUUUGGCUGGGCUGCCUGGUGCAAUGGUGGGGCACUACAGGACUUCUACCCAAGACUCCUGAUUGUCAUGGAACAAAACGCAUCUCUCAGAUGUGGCGGGAGAUGGAUCAGAACCACAGGAGGGCUUGGCAGGAGUCACCAGGAGAGGAGAAAGAGGGAAGUUCACUGAUCCAGGGUAUGGUGUCUACAGUAAACAAACAGCACGGGCCCGUAUGGACAUCUGGUGCCACCCCGUCACAAUGUUACCCUCCACCCAGUCUCCAGGCUCUUCUGAAGCUUGUGCUGGUGCCACGGAUAGACACUGCAUCUGUACAGGCCAUUCUUAUGUACUUUGUUUUGGAUGUUACCAACUUCCUCCAGUGCAGGGACGACCUUCUGAAGUCAUUCUCCCAUGCCUUUUCCAUCCCACCGGCUUUCAGUCAACAGAUCAAAGGGGUGUGGCUGCUCGACCGCGGCUUGAUAUCUCAGUCCAUGGACUUGCUGCUCAGCCCCAGAUCCAGACAUCCCUGGCUCUCCUUGCAACACCGCCCCAUUGUUGAGGCUUUGCUAAGGAGAGGAGAGGCCCAGAGCGCUCUCAGGUACCUCUGCUGGAAUAAACCUGCCACUGGAGAGAUGCAGGACUUUAAGCUUCACGUUGACGUCUUCCUGCAAAACAGGUGUGUCAGUGAGGCCUGCUCCUUCCUGAAGCGUAGCAAGGUGUGGAAUGAUGACAUCAUCGGACGCUUCCUUUGUGGGUGUGGGAAACUGGACUUGUGUUUGUACUCUACUGCCAACAUGGCAACAAUGGACAAGGGGCUGUCUGACUUGCGCCAAACAGGAAGUCAAAGUGCACUGUCUGGUCAAGGUGGAGAAGCCUUGCAGCAAGCAGAGAAGUUUAUUUUGAAAGAGCCUGGACAAGAAAUCACAGGACCUCCACGGACACUCUCCGCCAGGCUAUACAGCUCCCAGGGCUCUCUCUCCUCUGCGGAUGUGGUCACUCUACUGAGACAGUCUGUGCUGGAACUGGAGAAACUCCACCUACCCGCGAGGAACAGCUGGGACGUCGUUUGGCCGAAGCACGUGGAGAAGACGCCGGAUCGUCCCGCCCUGUCAUCGUGCCAUGUUCAUUCUAGCCCUCCAUCUGUGGCCUCCAGCUGUGAGCGCAGUCUACAGUCCAGUGAUGAGGAAAAUAAGCCACCGCCAUUUAUGGAUUCACCAGCGGAGUGCGACUCCCACUCCCCGUCUGUGGACAAUUCUGAGUCUGUGCCCACCUUCACCUCGGUGUUCACCACAGUGGUUCUCCCCAGCGUGGAUGACUUGUCUGAGGACAAAGGAUUUUGGGCCCCACAGAUCGGCCCACGUGCACUAUCUUGUGACAGGGAAUUCCAAGGUGCACACCAGGAGACCUCAAGGUACUGCAGUGAACCUUGCUUUGAGGUCCUUGACUGCCCUGACAGAAUCCUGGCACUGGAGGACACCGCCUACCCUGUCACCUUCAACAGCCUGAGCAAAGAAACUGCAGAGGACCUGAUUUGUGCUGUUAUCUGUGAGGCAGAGGGUGCUACAGGAUUUCCUCUAGACAUUACCUGUACAACAGAUGCAAGAGGAAACAGGGGCAGACUCAAUCUCCAUCCUCAAUCCUACAGCAAUGAAGACAAUCAAUCAACACUAUCAGCCCCUGACAGUCUAAAGAAGAGUGACAACUUCCUCUCUUCUGAGUAUGAAAAGUUGGGCUACACCAACCUUGUGCCAGAGGAGAUAUACCCAGACCUGAAGUCUGAAGGUCUGAGGAGUGGUGUGUGCUCUCACCAAAAAUCCAAGAAGUUAUUCUCCCAGGAUCCCUUACCCACAAGCAGCUUUGGUUCCCACACCUUCUUGGACCUGGAGCCUCUACAGAGGGCCUCUGUAACACUGGAGGAGAGGGCGGAGAUCUUCUACAGGGGCUCCCAGGAAGCCGUGGAACAGCCAGAGAUCCUGACCGCCUGUGCCCUCAUCGAAACCAUGCCUAACUUCUCCAUCGACCUCCUCAAGCAUGGGGACGAUGGUGCCACCACCAACAAGGCCUCACCAGAGACUGGUCUGUCCAAGAGCAGGGCCUCUCUCCUGGAGGUGGAGAAGAACCUCGUAGAAAGAGUGAAAUCCAAAAAGCCCUUUUCCCUCCAGGACCCUAUCCAUAAGCUGGAGCAAAGAGAGCUGCAGGUCUCCAGAGCCCUAUCAUCUACCAGGAGUGGCCCCGCCCACAUGCCUCAGCCCUGCCACUGCGGGCAGUCCCUGGAAAAGGUCCCUGGUGGCCAGGCAUCUCCCAAGAAGGAGGCGGCAUGCUUCCAGAGCUCCUCGGAUCGCCUGGGUCACUAUAAGCUGGGGGGAGGGUGGAAGCAAGGUCUGGAGACCCCCAAGACCUCCACAGGCCUUCUGCCUGUCAUCAACCAGAUCCCCAGCAUCACACUUGAUACAAAGGGCCCUCACGUCAGCGGGCGAUCAAAGUCACACAGCGCCAUCACUUUCCAGGGGUGUCCGACCAAGCAGAAAGGGGACAAGCACGAAACCAAAGAGGUGGGAAAGGACGAACCUGUUGGGAGGGGCUCCUUUGAAUUCCUCCGUCAUGCAGAGGGGUAUUUGGGCAGUCAGCGUGGGGCUUUCGUCAGGAGGGGCAAAAGAGUAAAAAAGGUUUGAGGUUUUAUAAUGGAUUUCCUUCAUCUCCACACUCUCCACGCUGGUAUCAAUGAGAAACCGGUGACCACUUCUGAAAGGUAGAGUUCCUCUGUUCACAAACCAGACUUCUCUUUUUCUUAUGUUCUCAAAAAACAAACAAACAAAAAAAAGAAACGGACUGCGGAUUGACAGCAGAUCUGACUGUUGUGUUUGUGUCAGCUGUUCGUGACUGGGGUUGUUGAUGCCAGAGCUCAAGAUAAAAGGCGUGAGCAGCUGUGUGUGCCAGCAGUGUCAAAACCACUUGAAACACGCUGAGUUGUCACUGCAGAACUCAAUCUCAACCUUGGGAAUUGUGAGCUUGGAAACCAUUGUCAGUGGGUAUAGAUGCAGCAUAUGUUGUAAAUUUUCAGAUAAGCAAAUAUUUUCUAAUUUUUUUUGAGGAAAUAAACAAUUCCUGACAUGAAAGGCCUUCAUGAUGCAUUUAUUUGACUAUAUAGCCGGUCUGUGUUUAAUCUUAUUUUG